AUGGAAUUGCAAAAUAUUAUAAGUGAAAAACAAAAGCAUUUGAAAAUAAUUGAUAAUUAUAAGUUCUGUUUCCAUAAAUGUUUGGCUAAUAAUAUUCAACGUUGGAAAUGUACGAUGAAAACAUGUAAAGCAUAUUUAAAAAUUAAUGAGAAUGAUUAUGUCUUACUUAACGUGAGUGACACUGCCCACAACCACGACGCACUAUCUGAAGCAAUUAUAAAUCGGCAAAUUGUUAGUAAUUCUCUUAAACGAAAAGGUAUACAAGAGUUAUAUGAAAGACCAGUUAAACUAAUGCAUCGACAUUUAAAAGAAAGUAUUGAUGUCAGUGUUAAAAAUAUAUAUAUAAUUUUUGUUAACUUUGAAGUUUCUAUUCACAAGGCAAUUUAG